AUGGGCUAUGGCGUCGCCCCUGUUGCUAAACAUGAAGAACGUAUCAAGAAGGAAGAGAAGUUGCAAUCGUGGAGAGCUGCUUUGACUCAAGUUGCCAAUCUCUCUGGAUGGGAUACACGGAAUAAGAAGGAGUCAACAAUUAUCGAAGAGAUUGCCAGAAAAUUAAUUGGUGACUUGCAUUAUUCAUACUCAGGUGUUCGUGAGGAUCACGUUGGAAUACAAUCUCAUGUGGAGGAAAUGGAGAAUUUAUAUUUAAGCAUGGGGUUGAAUGAUGUUCACUUUAUAGGGAUUUGGGGAAUGGGUGGAACCGGUAAAACAACUAUUGCACAAGUCCUAUAUGAUAGAGUCCAUUAUCAUUUUGCUGGCAGCAGUUUUCUUGCAAAUGUUAGAGAAAAAAGUCGAAAUGAUGGUCUAGUUAGUUUAUAG